AGAGAGAGCUCACUCCUUAAUAGAGAGGAAGGGAUGUUAGUGUGCGUUAAUUUGAAUCUGGAGUAGCGCUAUAUGAGGGGAGAGUCCACGAGAAGCGACUGCGAGGAGUCAGAUUUCAGUGUUUUGGUCCUGGAGGACUGAAGGAGUCUUUGUUUCAGUUGGAACUGCGGACAGUCCAAGGAAACCGAGAGUGAGUCAGGGGAGAUCGAGACAUUUUAAAGAGUGAGUGAGUGAGUGACUAAGUGAGUGAAGGAUAGAGCGGGGCUCCAACUCUUACCACUAUCACAUUGGAACAAGAAGACUUUUGUGUGGACUUACCAAGACUGAAAAUGACUUCCCGCAUCUCCCUGUGGUCCGUUGGAAUACACCUCACACUGUGGUACUGCCAACUGUCGACUCCAUAUCGCCUUCUGGACGAGGGGGGUUCCCAGGGCCAGAUGGACCUGACAGAGCUGAUCGGCGUUCCUCUCCCCCCCUCCGUCUCCUUCGUCACGGGCUUUGAGGGCUAUCCGGCCUACCGUUUCGGGCCCGAUGCCAACGUGGGCCGCCUCACCAAGUCCUUCAUCCCUGACCCCUUCUACCGGGACUUCACCGUGAUCGUCACCGCCAAGCCCACCACGCGGCACGGCGGGGUCCUAUUCGCCAUCACCGACGCCUACCAACGGGUGGUGCAGCUGGGCGUGGCGUUGAGCCCCGUGGAGGACGGGUCUCAGCAGGUGCUCCUUUACUACACUGACCCGGGGGUCGGGAGCACCCAGGAGGCUGCGAGCUUCAAACUGGCUGACCUGACGGGGAGGUGGGCCCGCUUCACGCUGACGGUGCAGGGGACAGAGGUGCGUCUCUACAUGGACUGUGAGGAGUACCACCGUGUGGCCUUCCAUAGGAGCCCGGAGCCCCUCACCUUCGAGGCCAGCUCGGGCAUCUUCGUGGGCAACGCAGGUGGUACGGGGCUGGACAGGUUUGUGGGUUGUAUCCAGCAGCUGGUUCUGAAGGGAUACCCCACAGCCCAAGAUGACCUGUGUGAAGAGGACGACCCCUAUGCAUCUGGCUAUGGGAGUGGAGACGACUCCUUCGACGACACAGAAACUAUGGAUGAAGUGAAGAAGGUAGUGGAGGAGAGAGAGUACACCGUGCCAGAGGAACCAUGCGCCAGAGGAACCGUGCGCGCCCCUCCGACCGAGGCGUCGCCCAGUGACGAUGAGGAUGCUGAUGAGAUCUCAGGUCAGGACGUGGAGUUGAAAGUAGAGAGAGGACCAAGUCGGACUGCGGAUGCAAACUACAGACCAAGCAGUGUGACUUCCAGUCAGAAAGGAGAGCAAGGAGAUCCAGGGCCAGCCGGCCCCCCUGGCUCCCCUGGGCCCCCAGGCCCACACAGUCUCUUUAGCAAAGGCUUCUCUCAGGGAUUGCCAGGACCCAGGGGCCCCCAGGGGCCCCCAGGACCAGCAGGAACACCCGGAACACCCGGUAACGACGGCCAGCCAGGCAGUGGAGGGAUAGACGGAAACCCUGGAGAAACUGGAGUUCAGGGAUUUCCAGGCUUGCCAGGAGAUCCUGGUCCCAAAGGAGACAAGGGUGAUUCUGGAGUGGGCAAACCUGGUCCCCCCGGACCUCCUGGGCCACCGGGUCGACCCAACUCACCCAGAUCCCCGGAUGGUGUGGACGGCUCAGGCUUUGAGUACUUUGACGGAGACACAGAGAUUAUGACAGGUCCACCUGGUCCUCCAGGGCUUCCUGGGCCCCCAGGUUCAUCUGAGGGCCUCUCUGCGUCCCCUGGGGCUCCCGGGGAAAACGGGAAGGAUGGAGAGAUGGGUAAACCUGGACUGCCUGGCGUUGAUGGGAAUGACGGGUUCCCUGGUCCAGCUGGCGAGAGAGGAGAGAAGGGUGAGCCGGGUCUGAGCGGAACACAUGGACCAAAGGGGGAGCCAGGUGCUGCAGGGUUCCCAGGUCUGCCCGGCUCAGAGGGACCAGAGGGAAAGCCGGGUCUGAGGGGGCCCCCUGGGCUACCGGGACCCCCAGGACGGGGCUUCAGCUUGGACCUGGAGGGACCUUUUGAUAAACCUGGCCGUCCAGGACCCAAGGGCGAAGACGGGCAGGACGGGCUUCCUGGUGUAGCGGUAAAGGGGGAGCCUGGUGCUCCAGGAGCAACCGGGGCCUCUGGGCUGGAUGGACUGCCAGGGCAUACAGGAGCGAAGGGGGACCAAGGUGAUAUGGGACCAAAGGGAGAGAGAGGUCGGGACGGUUUCAGUUUCCCCGGCCCUCCAGGACCUCCUGGGUCUUCGGGACCUGUUAUCAACCUCCAGGAUGUCCUGCUCAGUGAUACAGAGGGUGUGUUUAACUUCUCAGGGCUGCUGGAAUCUCAGGGGCUCAGGGGGCCGCGGGGUCCAAAGGGGGACUUGGGGAAUCCAGGGACCAUAGGGCCCCCAGGCUUAAAGGGCGAGAAGGGUGAGCCAGGGGCCAUGGUUGCAGCAGACAGGUCUAUGAUGUCUGAACUCACAGGGCCACAGGGCCCCAAAGGGAUCAAGGGCGAUUGUGGUGUUCCUGGGCCAGCUGGAGUUAUGGGUCCCAUUGGGCCAGAAGGACCCAAAGGAGAAUAUGGCUAUCCUGGUCGUCCGGGUCGUCCCGGAAUAAUGGGGCAUAAAGGAGACAGAGGAGACGCUGUGGGUGUGUCGGGAUCCCCUGGCCCCCCCGGGCCCCCUGGACGUCCCGGAAUGUUCAACUGCCCCAAAGGAUAUGUUUUUCCCAUCCCUCCCAGACCGCACUGCAAAAAGGCCAUAAAUGGCUCUGAGAAUUCAACAAAUGGGGGGCCGGAUUGUCCUUCAUCUGGGACCAAAGGGGACAAGGGGGAGAGGGGCUUCCCUGGGAUGCCUGCCCCGCCACUCAUAAUGCUUCCCAAAGGAACUAUGGGGAACAAAGGGGACAAGGGGGAGAAGGGGGAGGCCGGGUUAUCGGGCCCACCUGGUAUGCGUGGGACAUCUGGAAUGGUGGGCCCUCAAGGAGAAACUGUUAUGGGGCCCCCUGGCCAUCCAGGCGUUCCGGGGUCUCCAGGUACUCCGGGGUAUGGAAGACCUGGCCCUGAAGGCCCCCAAGGGCCUCCUGGACACCCCGGAGCACCCUCUCCAGCUGUGACCGUCCCUGGACCUCAAGGCCCCCCUGGCCCAGCUGGACCUCCUGGGGCCUCUGCCGUGAUGGAGACGUUUCCUUCCAGCGAGGUCAUGAUGCAAAGGACGAUGAACAGCAGACAGGGGACCCUGAGCUUCAUCACCACGGGGACAGGCAAACUCUACAUCCGGGUACAAGAGGGAUGGAAGGAGGUCCUGCUUGGUAACUUGAUCUACCGCCCAGUCAAUAUCCCUCUACCUGACACGGCUCAGCCAGGCACCGCCAGAAGAUACGGGCUCAACCUGGUGGCCCUGAACCAACCCCACACAGGGAACUUCGGUGGCGACGACAUGAUAGACAAGCGGUGCUAUGACCAGGCCAUGGCCAUGGGUCUGCCUGCCAACUACCGAGGCUUCGUAUCCUCAAAAAUCCACACCAUCAAUAAAGACCUGGUCCCCCAGAGGUUCAGACAGAGCUACCCCAUAACCAACCUCAGGGGGGACAUUUUGUUCAGUAACUACAAGUCUAUCUUCACUGGGGGUGGAGGCAAAUUCCCAUCAAACAUCCCGAUCUACUCCUUCGACGGACGGGACGUAAUGGCAGACCCCUUCUGGCCUAAGAAGAGCAUCUGGCAUGGCUCUAAUACGUUUGGCAACCUGUUGGAAGACCGGUCCUGCGAUUCGUGGCAGUCUGACAACAUGUCCGUCAUGGGCCAGUCGUCCAAUCUAGCUUCAGGCUUCCUCCUGGGACAGCAAGCACAAAGCUGUAGCAACCAGUUCGUGGUCCUUUGCAUCGAGACAAGAGAGCAUGUUUAACAGACCGCUCCGUCCUCCUCCACCACUCAUCUGCUCUCAUCUUAUCACUCUGGAAAGGUGUCAAAUAUAUGUACAUUCCUUUAUGAACAUGUCAUGAACAUAUUCCUCCUCUCCCAUCCUCUGAUUGGUUGGUUGAUUGUACUUUUCAUCAUUGUCAUCAACAUUUUCCUCCUCUCCCAUCCUCUGAUUGGUUGGUUGACUGACUGAGAUGAGAUGGCGGAUACUUGUCUGUCGAUACCAGCUCCAAAUCAUGGCUUUGCGGAGAUUAUUUCUCACUACAGAUGUUUUUUAUCCUACUCAAGAUGUCACCUUUCGUCUUCCAGUGAUUGGCCAUGUUUAUCGUUUGUCCUAUUAGGUCAUUCUUUAAGAAAUGUUUGUUCCAUUAGACCAGGGCCAAUAGUAUAUUUCACACGCAUAACACCCAUAUUCUACAAAGGUGUUCAGGAAAGAAAUGCUGAUGUACUACUAUAUUAGAUGUGUUUCUACGUCCAGUGAUUUCUCAUUUGAGCAACAAUUUCUCUCAGUAUUUCAUUUCAAUUCAACAUCUUAUUUAUACGGUGACUUCACAUAACGUGAAUGAAUCAAAUUAUUAAAAGGUUAAGUAUGUAAUUUAUAGUUUGUCAGGGACUGUUUUAGUUUUUUGUAAUUUCGUUGUACAGCAUUCCUUUUAUGGCGCUAGAAUUUUGAUUUGAUAGGUGGCUAGUUAGAUGUGACUUCAUUCAACAUAUAUUUCCACCAAUCACAUAGCAAUUCACCACAAAAAAAGUUAUAAUUUAUGAAAUUCAUAAGAGAUUUGAUCAAUUAUAAGUGAGUAUAUUUUAUACAAUCAUUGGUGCUUAUUGAUUAAAAAUGUUUUUCAUUUUCUUAAUAAUCUGAGUCUGAUAUAAUCUGUUUUGAAAUCUGGUCCUGUUACGUCGAGUCUGUACUGUGGUUAAAGGACAAGACAGACCAAUACAGAUCAUCAACCAAUCAGCCGUGUGUAGUAGAUCAAAAUCAAAUCAAACUUUAUUGGUCGCGAACAAAGUUUCGCUGAUGCCAUAACGGGUUCAGCAAAAUGCUUAUGUUACUAGCUCCUAAUAAUGCAGUAAAAUGUCAAACAAGUACACUUUUUCAUUUAUAUAUAUAUAUAUCAUUUAUAUAUAUUUAAAAAAAAACAGAAAGCAAGAAAUUGUUGUAACAGAGCCAUUUAACAACCAAAAUGGCACUGUAACAGUUAUCCAAUUGUAAUCCAUAACAAUUGCAAAAGUAUGUGGACACCUGUUCGUCGAAUAUCUCAUUCCAAAAUCAUUGGCAUUAACAUGGAGUUGGUCUCCCCUUUGUUACGAGAACAGCCUCUACUCUUCUGGGAAGGCUUUCC